AUCGCAGUCACGUCAGCAGCAGCGGUAGAGCCGCUGCGCCGUGGUCGCCAGCAGGAGUACAACUAACAACACAGUCACAACUUCGCCGAUAACACUCUCCCUACGUUGACGCCUGGAGUUGCACUUUUUUGGUUCGUUUCAGGUAAGAAAUAAGACUUAUUUUGAAGGUGUUUCGAGAGGUGUUUCGGACUCGAGGCGUUCUGUUUCAUUCAGGCAAGGAGCUGUCAAAUAUCUGACAGUCAGUCAGUGGGGCUCGCCUCAGCUGUCUGAUGACACACCGCCUUGCUGAGUGUGUGUCUUCCCCGGCAGAUAUAAGACUGGUGACUUGCCAAACUUGUCCGCGCUAGUUUCCCGUAAGUUCGCGUAUAUAUAAAAAAAAACAAAAGCAAGUGUCGCCGCACUUUCCUCGCAGUUUGCACAGGUUAAUGAUAAUGCGCUUGGCUUUUUAAAAAAGUAGUCUUCCGCGGGGUUGUUGGACAUGGUGGUCCUGAACUGACAGCGACCAGUCGGGCUCAGUCAGCACCGGACCUGUAUGUGGACGCGGUAAAUGUAAGCAGUACUGAUAUGUUAAAAAAAAAAAAAGAAAAAGAAAAGAAAACUCGUUCGAGAAUAAGAAACUAGUUGUAUUAUCAUGGACACCAUCACUGUGUCGACCUCUCCAUCCAUCUCUGGCCUCCUCCUCCUCCUCUUCCUCAGUGAGGAAGCGUCACGACACCUCCUUGAAACCCUGUGGCUCCCAAAGUGGAGGCUUGGCUAGGAGCACGUGCUAACCCGUCUCAACAACGCGGCUAACAUUUAAAAAAAUAUAAAGUCCUUACGCGCGUGCAUUUAUUUAUUUAUUUAUUUGAUAUCUCCACUUGGCGAGCAGUUUGCGUUUAAAGUAGCGCAACACAUUGCAGCCUCGUUGGCUUAUCAAACACCGAGCUCAGACUGAAGCCAUUGCUGUGUGUUGGAGAUGAAGAGGAUGCUGCCUGACUUUAGAGGGAUAUAAUGGACAUGCUGUAGGUCUGUAGACCUUGAGGCUCAUUGGGAUCUGCCUGGAUCCACUGGAUUUCAGUUCCAGUUACCCUCCGGGAUCUGCCAUGGACUUCUUUAAUGACCCCAACCUCUUUGUUGGAGGUUUGGAAGGGCUGGAUGAUGAUGGCUUCCCUCCAGCACCAUCACUUGUGGAUGAGCUAAACCUCAGUGCUGACUUUGAGCCCCUUCAAGUGGAGCCUAUAGGCCCAGGCAAGCACCAAGACAUGAUACUGUCGGUUUCUACCCAACAAACAAUGCCUACUUACAGUGAGCAGAUGGGUCACUACAUUGGCAUUAAGGCACAGAAUCCUGUCGGGCAGGCAUUUUCUGGUCCUGGGGGCACAGGUAGUGGAAGUGGUGGCAUGAUUGCAGAGCAACAUGGUCAGUACCACAACGCUGCCCUGAGCCAAGUACCUCAAUCCAAUGGGCUGUUUUGUAACAGUAGCAGUCCAAUGUGGGGUAACCAAGACCAAAAUGGUAGUAUGUACCACCCCUUAACUCAACAGCAACAACAGCUUUGUCAUCAGCAGCCACAACUGCACAACCAGCAACUUCAUGUCAGACAACAACAAACACAACAGCAACAACACCACCCAUGUCAUCAACAACAACAGGAGCAGCAGCAGCACAGAAUGCGGCAGCAGCUGCAACAGCAGCAAAGUCAUCAGCAGCAGCUGUUAAACCAGUGCCAGCACCAACAAAUUAACACACAGACUAUGUCCCUGCAGCAACAGCAGCAUCACAACUUUUCCUUUCACCAGGGUGGUCAGUCUCAGAGCCAGCAGCAGGUUCACCAUACUCAGCAGCAGGUGCAGCACCAACUAACUGUUGGAGGGCCAAGGUUCCUUUCAAGGGCUCUGCCGAGUAAGUCUUAUUUGGAUCAAAAUGCCUCUCUGAGUGGGACUUGCUUACAACCGCAGCAGCAGCAGGGUAGCUACCAGUUGACCAGAGGAGGUCAAGCCUUCUCUGGAUCAGGACCAGAAGACCCUAACCUGUCUUUCUCCAUACAUUCGUCAUCUAUGGUUCACUCCCUGCCCACGUGCUCAGUCAAUUCUGGCACCACUUACCAACCGGCUCAGUACCCUGCUUACCCUGGAGAGCCAGAAAUACCCAGUCUCAGUCAGCAGUCUUUGUCCACGGUCUCAGUGUCUAGGCCCAACACCACCCCUGCACCCCUCUCUUCUACAGUGCCUGAGCUCUCAGGGACAGUAUGUCAGUUUCCAUCCACAGCUGUUAUGAAUCAGCAGCACAGUAGGGCCCCGGUUAGCCAGGCAGAGCAAUGUGCUUUCCGGACUCUACGUUGUUCUGGAGAAACCCAGGGAAACUGCAAGUCAUCUGAGAUGUUUGGCGACUCAAUGAGCUGCUACACCAGCAUGGCCAGCCAACUGCCCUCUGAGCAGCCUCAAAGCUGCGGGGCUAUAAACACUAAUGGAUAUCAAGCAUUGGGAGACAAUCUCCUGGCAUCAGAAGUUCAGGAUGGAGACCUGGAUGGCCUGGGGCCCCCGGACCUCCUUCCUGACCUGUUGCCCCAGCUGGAGGCGGCUCUCAGCCAACAGGAUGAAUCCAACCGUUCCUGGACUGAUUCCAACCCGGAGAGGGGACAUGAGCAAAGGAAACAACCACCUGUUGUAUACAAGGAAGAGAAGCCUCGAAAGAACGCUAAUGGUCCUGGAAGCCAGGUACGGGUCCUCAGUCCCCCAAUGAAGAGCAGCUCAUCAUCCUCCUCCUCUUCCUCGUCGUCUUCAUCCUCAUCCAGCUCCUCAUCAGAGAAGAGGACGCCGCGGAGAACGCACCAUCAGAUGGAGUCAAUUAUACAGGAUAAGCAGGAGAAGGCCAAUAGGAUAAUAUCAGAGGCUAUUGCUAAGGCCCGGCAGCGCGGAGAGAAGAAUAUCCCCAGAGUUAUGAGCCCUGAGAGCUUCCCCAGCUCCUCUUCGCAGCACAAGACCCACCGUGACCGCGAGCACAAAGGAAACGGCAAGGCCCGGCUCAAAGACAAGAGCUGUAGGAAGGCCUGUAUCAUACCCUCCUCCAAGCCCAAGCAGAAGUCCAAAAUCGGGAAAAUUGUAAUCAAGAUCGGGAAGAAGAAAAAACGAAAGCCGGAGUCUUCAGAGGAGGAGUCGGAUGACGACCCUCCCCCUCGACACACUUCUAAAGAUGUGGACUCUAAGAGGCGAUCUAAUCGCCAGGUGAAGAGGAAGAAAUACGCCGAAGAGCUGGAGGCCAGGAUGUCAGAUGAUGAAGUCAAGGUUAUUGUCAAAGCCAAGAAAGCCAACACUGCAGCAUCCAAGCAGCCUGCCCUACAACUCUUUGUAGAGAAUCCCAGUGAAGAGGACGCUGCUGUUGUUGACAAAAUCAUGUCCUCUCGUAUCGUCAAAAAGGAGAUCUCUCCUGGAGUGGUGAUCGAAGUGGAGGAGUUUUUUGUAAAAUACAAAAACUACUCCUACCUACACUGUGAGUGGGCCGUAGAGCAGCAGCUGGAGAAGGACAAGAGGAUUCAGCAGAAGAUCAAACGUUUCAAGAUGAAACAAGCACAGAGGGCGCUCUUCUUUGCAGAUAUGGAAGAGGAGCCCUUUAACCCUGACUAUGUAGAGGUAGACAGAGUGCUGGAGGUGUCAUAUUGUGAGGACAAAGAUACAGGAGAGGAGGUGGUGUACUACCUGGUGAAGUGGUGCUCUCUGCCUUAUGAGGACAGCACCUGGGAACUAAAGGACGACGUAGAUCAGAGCAAGAUUGAAGAGUUUGAGCAGCUGCGGGCAGUCAAGCCAGACUCACGCAGGGUGGAGCGUCCCCCGGCCAAUCUGUGGAAGAAGAGGGAGCAGUCGAGGGAGUACAGGAAUGGCAACAGCCUCAGGGACUACCAGCUAGAGGGGGUUAACUGGCUCCUCUUCAACUGGUAUAACAGACGAAACUGCAUCCUGGCAGACGAGAUGGGCCUGGGAAAGACCAUCCAGUCCAUCACAUUUCUAGAAGAGAUCUAUCGUGUGGGCAUUAAAGGGCCAUUCCUCAUCAUUGCCCCGCUCUCCACCAUUGCCAACUGGGAGCGCGAAUUCCGUACUUGGACCCAUCUCAAUGUCAUCGUCUACCAUGGCAGCAUGGUCAGCAGGCAGAUGCUCCAACAGUAUGAGAUGUAUUUCAGGGAUGCACAGGGUCGUGUGUUGCGAGGUACCUACAAGUUCCAGGCAGUUAUCACCACAUUUGAGAUGAUCCUGGGAGGUUGUCCCGAACUCAACGCCAUAGAGUGGCGCUGCGUUAUCAUCGAUGAGGCCCAUCGCCUCAAGAACAAGAACUGCAAGCUGCUAGAAGGCUUCAAGCUCAUGAACCUGGAGCACAAGGUCCUGCUGACAGGUACUCCUCUGCAGAACACAGUGGAGGAGCUCUUCAGCCUGCUCCACUUCCUGGAACCGGCACGCUUCCCCUCAGAAAACACCUUCAUGCAGGAGUUUGGAGACCUCAAGACUGAAGAGCAGGUACAGAAGCUUCAAGGUAUCCUGAAGCCCAUGAUGCUGCGUCGGCUAAAGGAGGACGUGGAGAAAAAGCUGGCUCCUAAAGAGGAAACCAUCAUUGAGGUUGAGCUUACCAACAUUCAAAAGAAAUACUACCGUGCCAUCCUAGAGAAGAACUUCUCUUUCCUGGCUAAAGGAGCUGGACAGGCAAAUAUGCCCAACCUCGUCAACACCAUGAUGGAGCUGAGAAAGUGCUGCAACCACCCCUAUCUCAUCAAAGGAGCGGAAGAGAAGAUCCUAGAGGACUUCAGGGAGGUGUAUAGCCCCACUGCCAUAGACUUUCACCUGCAGGCCAUGGUACAGUCUGCCGGAAAGUUGGUCCUUAUUGACAAGCUGCUGCCCAAGAUGAAGGCCGGGGGGCACAGGGUGCUCAUCUUCUCCCAAAUGGUGCGCUGUUUGGACAUCUUGGAAGACUACCUCAUUCAGAGAAGGUACUUGUACGAGCGGAUAGAUGGACGUGUUCGUGGGAACCUCCGGCAGGCAGCUAUCGACCGCUUCAGUAAGCCCGACUCGGAACGCUUUGUUUUCCUUCUGUGUACGAGAGCUGGUGGCCUGGGGAUCAACCUCACAGCAGCAGACACCUGCAUCAUCUUUGACUCUGACUGGAACCCACAAAACGACCUGCAGGCCCAGGCUCGCUGCCAUCGGAUCGGUCAGAACAAGGCAGUGAAGGUGUACCGUCUGAUCACCAGGAACUCGUACGAGCGAGAAAUGUUUGAUCGUGCCAGCCUCAAGCUGGGCCUGGACAAAGCAGUGUUGCAGAGCAUGAGUGGCCGAGAUAACAGCCUUGGAGGAGGCGCCGGGGGAGGGGCAGUGCAGCAGCAGCUGUCUAAGAAGGAGAUUGAAGAUCUGUUGCGACGUGGUGCUUAUGGGGCUAUCAUGGACGAGGAGGAUGAAGGGGCCAAAUUCUGUGAGGAGGACAUUGACCAGAUCCUCCAGCGCAGGACGAAGACCAUUACCAUUGAGUCUGAGGGACGAGGAUCCACCUUUGCUAAGGCUAGUUUUGUGGCGUCCGGAAACCGCACAGAUAUCUCUCUGGAUGACCCCAACUUCUGGGACAAAUGGGCCAAAAAGGCUGACAUCGAUAUGGAAAUGGUCAACGGCAGAAACAGCUUGGUGAUCGACACUCCUCGUGUCAGAAAGCAGACAAGGCCGUUCAGUGCCACCAAGGAUGAGUUGGCGGAGCUUUCAGAGGGCGAAAGCGACAACGAUGAGUCCAAACCUAAGCUCAGACGCAACCACGACCGCCUCAACAGCUAUGGACGCACAGAGUGUUUCAGAGUAGAGAAGAACCUGCUUGUUUAUGGAUGGGGUCGCUGGAAGGAUAUUCUCAACCAUGGGCGUUUUAAGAAGCAGCUAACAGAGUGGGAUGUGGAGUCCAUCUGCAGGGCUCUGCUGUCUUAUUGCCUUGUUCAUUACCGUGGAGAUGACAAAAUCAAAAGCUUCAUGUGGGACCUGAUCGCACCGACUGAGGACGGACGCACCAAGGAGCUCCAGAAUCACCUGGGUCUGUCUGCACCAGUCCCACGAGGACGAAAGGGUAAGAAGAUGAAGACCCAGUCCAGCUCUUUUGAUAUCCACAAAGCUGAGUGGCUUAGGAAGCACAACCCAGAGCACAUGCUUCAGGACGACGGCUACAAGAAACACCUCAAACACCACUGCAACAAGGUGCUGCUCAGGGUCAGAAUGCUCUACUACCUGAAACAAGAGGUGAUAGGAAGCCAGGCCCAGAAAGUGCUGGACGGCGUGGACUCAAGUGAGAUAAAGAUCUGGGUGCCAGAUCCUGACCACUCUGAGCUGCCAGCUUUGUGGUGGGAUGCCAUCUCUGACAAGUGUCUGCUGCUCGGUGUAUUUAAGCAUGGUUAUGAGAAGUACAACACUAUCCGUGCAGACCCUACCCUGUGCUUCAUAGAGCGUGUGGGACGACCAGAUGAGAAGGCCAUCGCUGCCGAACAGAGAGGCAAUGAUUUCAUGGAUGGUGAUGUAGAUGAUCCCGAGUACAAGCCGGCUCCAGCCCUGAUUAAGGACGAUAUGGAGGAUGACGCCUCUUCCCCUGGAGACUUGGUUGUCACUGACAACGCCGGAGAUGCAGUCGCUGUGACAGAAGGUGAAACUAUCUACUGGCCCUCGUCCUCUGUGCUGACAGCCAGACUGAGACGUCUGAUCACAGCCUCUCAGCGCUUCACCAAGAGCCGGCAGAUCCUCCAAAUCCACCAGACUCAGUCUCAGUCCCAGCAGACCAUGGUACUGUCUGCUCCACUCUGCCCGCUACCCCCCACACUCAACGACACUCUCAACCCCAAGAUGGCUGCUAAGAUUGAACGGCAACAAAGAUGGACGAGGCGAGAAGAGGCUGACUUCUACCGCGUGGUCUCCACCUUUGGUGUUGUUUUUGACCCAAACCUCAGCCGGUUCGACUGGACCAAGUUCAGGGCUAUGGCUCGGUUGCACAAAAAGACAGACGAGAGUCUGCAGAAAUACCUGUGUGCUUUUACCGCCAUGUGCCGAAGGGUGUGUCGUCUACCACCCAAAGAGGGAGACUCUGCGGUGGACCCGUCUCUGAACAUCCAGCCCAUCACAGAGGAGCGAGCGUCUCGCACCCUGUACAGAGUAGAGUUGCUUCGCCAGGUGAGAGAACAAGUCCUUCGCCAUUCGUUACUCUACGAGCGCCUGCCGCUGUGCCAGAUGAGCUCUGACUUACCCGUCUGGUGGGAAGCUGGCACCCAUGACCGUGACCUUCUAAUUGGCGCUGCCAAGCACGGUGUGAGCCGUACAGAUUACCACAUUCUGAGAGACCCUGAGCUCAGCUUCAUGGCUGCCCAACGCAACUACAGCCAAACAAAAACCGCACAGCAGCAGUCGCGUACCUCCACCCCGCUUCUUCACACUCAGUGCCAGGCCGCUAGCUCAGUGCUGACGGGUUCUCCGCUACCUACACCCACCCAGAGAGACUCGGAGCACUAUGGGGUUGUACCCAAAGUGGAACUGGCCUCGGAGGGGGAGGAAGGCAGGGAGAAGCUCGGGGAGAGUUGGAGUCCUCCCCGAGCACCAGCCACUCCCACAGGUCUCGAGGAGAAGCCCGUCCCUGAGAUAAAAGACAGUGAGAGGCAGAUGGUGGCAGCACGAACCAAACCUCUCACGCCCAACUCCUCUGAGAGGAAACCCAAGAAGGCCAGUAAGAGGGGCCGCAGGGAGACUAGGCGUGGCUCAGAGUCUGAUUCUGACGGCUCCUCAUCAAGCUCUUCGUCUCGCUCCUCUUCCUCUUCUUCGUCAUCCUCUUCUUCAUCGUCACAUUCCGGGUCCAGCUCCUCCUCCUCUUCGUCGUCUUGUUCUUCAGGCUCUUCGUCGUCAUCGUCCUCCUCCUCAUCUUCUUCCGAUGACAGUGAAAGUGAAGGAGAGGAAGGGAAGAAGAAAGUGCCUGCGGCAACAAGUGUAAAGGGCUUUGAUGAGGACAGCGUGGCAUCUCUGAGCACUACACAGGAUGAAACACAAGACACGCAUGUGGCCGAGAACGGCAUCACCAACAACUCCUCACAUCCUUUUCAGGGAGGAGGGUACAUGCUCGCUGCAUCCUACUGGCCAAAGGAUCGUGUGAUCAUCAACCGCCUGGACAGCAUCUGCCAGGCAGUGCUAAAGGGCAAAUGGCCCGGGACACGUCGGGUCUACGAGCCUGGAGGCGCGGUGGCCUCCUUCUACACCACCAAGCUACUGGACAACGCUAACAGCCUGUGCGAGGACCCCUCUGCCUCGCCACAGGGGUCAAAGGUGACCAAGCAUGUUGCAGAAAACAAGGAGUUCUCAGUAAAACUCAACGAUCAGGAGGGAGGUCUGAAGUUGACCUUCCAAAAACAAGGUCUACCUCUGAAGAGGCCCCUGGAGUCAGAGGAAGCCCCCCAGGCUCAGCAACAGUACCUGGCUCGGCUUCACGAGCUGCAGAGCGCCUCGGACACAGGCCUGGCUGACAUCACUAAACCUCAGUGCAGCUUCCAAACUGCACCAGCUCCAGAUCUUACUGGUCAGAUGAGACUGAACGGAGUAAUAGAUGGCCAGCCAGUGGUUAAGAAGCGAAGAGGCAGGAGGAAGAAUGUUGAGGGGGUUGACCUGCUCUUCAUGAACAAGAGUAGAGUCCCUGCUGUUCCUGAUCAGGUGCCUCCAGGGUGGGGUGGUAUUGGCCAGGUGGGCAUGGCUGCGGCUCCUGCACUGGGCUACAGCCAAAGCUCCAAUCAGGUCCCCGCAGACAACGAUAGCAGGGUCCCUGUCAUCAACCUCAAAGAUGGCACUCGGCUUGCUGGGGAUGACGCCCCCAGGAGGAAAGAUCUAGAACAGUGGCUAAAAGAGCACCCUGGCUUUGUGGCAGACACAGGAGCCUUUAUCCCUGGGGUAAAUAAGAUGCAAAUGCAGUUCCACUUCCAGGACGGUCGGCCAAAGCAGAAGAGACAUCGCUGUAGGAACCCCAACAAGAUUGAUGUGAACAGCUUGACAGGAGAGGAAAGGGUCCAGAUCAUCAACAGGAGAAAUGCGCGCAAGGUUGGUGGAGCCUUUGCACCUCCUCUGAAGGACCUGUGCCGGUUCCUUCAGGAGAACCCGGAGUAUGGAGUCCCGCCUGAAUGGGCUGAUGUUGUCAAACAGUCGGGUUACCUCCCAGAGAGCAUGUUUGACAGGAUCCUGACGGGACCUAUCGUUCCUGAGGAGGUGAGCCGGCGUGGACGUCGACCUAAGAAUCCCCUGGCCAAGGCAGCGGCAGCAGCGGCAGCAGCACCCAACCCUGCGGCCUCCACAAUGGGUCUGAACUCUCUGCUGGCCAAUGGCCUCCUCUCUGGAAUGGACCUGACCAGCCUGCAGGCCUUCCAGCAAAACCUCCAGAGCUUACAGUCCCUGCAGCUCACCGCAGGCCUGAUGGGGCUGCCGUCUGACGCCAGCAACCUGGCUGCAAGUAACUUGGCUGCCAUGUUUCCCAUGAUGCUGUCUGGUAUGGCUGGAUUGCCCAACCUUCUUGGCAUGAGCAGCUUGCUCGGGAAGCCUGCUCAGGAGGGCGCAGGAGGCUCCGAGGAGAAGACAAAGGGAACCGCCAGCGGUGUAGCAGGAGAGCCGUCUGCCUCUAAAACCUCCCCCCACACAUCAGACACCAAAGGAGAAAGGACAGAGGGCUCGAACACGACUCCUUCCUCCACUUCCAGCUCUACUUCUUCUGCCACCGCCCCACAAAGUGCUUCAGCUGCGUCUGCAGCCUCCAGUCACCCACUGUCUCUUAACCCCUUGUUACUCUCCAGUAUGCUUUACCCAGGGAUGCUUCUCACUCCAGGCCUUAACCUUCCUGUGUCUGCCACACAGAGCUCAAACAGUGACACCACCCUUCCUCCUCCGACUGCCCUCUCUCAGUCAUCGACACACGAGACAGAGCAGCCAGCGGCAGAAAAGGACGGAGAGGAGGAUGAUGAGGAGUUAGAAGAGGCUUUGGAUGAAGACGAGGAGGAAGAGGAAGAAGAUGAGUCAACAGAACAAAAAGAAAACAGUGGUCCUGAAGGUUCGGGGAAAGUUGAGUCAUCUUCAUCAGAGUCUGGGAGCUCUUCUUCCUCAUCAGAUGAUUCAGACUCCAGUGAUGAGGACUGAUCCUAUGAAUAUAUAAUUAUAAAUUUAUUUAUGUAUCGCCUAGAAAUCUAUACAUAUAUUCACAUAUAUAUGGAUUUUCCAGCACUUAUGUUGUGAUUUCUUUACAUGUAAAUAUAAGAACUAACUAAAAUGUUGUGUAAUAAAGAUUACAAAAACCUAAAAAAACAAAAAACAAACAAAAAAAAAACAGGAAAAAACAGGAAAAACUGACUGAAAAGGAACUGAAAUAAAAUUUCAGUUUUUUUGUUCACAUGGUACAGUUUUGUUUUGAGACAUUUUGCAUGUCAGACUUUAGUAGAUUUCUGAACUCUGUGAACUUGUACCACACAAUUAUGUACAAUUACAACAAAAAAAGGCAUUAUUGUAAUUAUGUCAGGAUUUAAUUUUAUUAAAAAAGUGAAACUACAUCAACAUGCUCGUUGAGCUGUACUAUUAAUAUAUUUUGAUUGUUGGGGGUUGGGAGAAUGACACUUGACAAACUUUGGUUUCUCAGUACUUUUACAGGUUUGUUGACACUUAUGCUUUGCAGACCAUACGUUGGAUAUGUCAGCAAUAACUUUGGCAGCUAAUGAAUGUCACUGAAGCUGUAGAUUCUCUGUCUGCCAUGUUCCACCCCAGUGCACAACUCACACAGCCUCACUUACCUGUCACUUAACCUUCAUAUCACAUUGAAGAGUUCAUUUUCUGCAUUUACUCCAAAACUGAAUCACCCCUCUUUUAAACAUGGCUUCGAUUUGGAGGAAUUCUGUGGAUUUUUUAUUUUUUGAAAAAUCAAAAGCAUAAGCUUAUAUCCUUCAAAAUGGAUCAAUAACUUAAUUUUAAUGUCUGCUGUAAUUUCUUUCAUUUUUAGAGGUUCUCGUUUUCAUUUGUCACUUGGAUAUUUACGUUUUUAAAAACUCAUUUUCACCAUCACCUUACAAACAUGUCCCAACAUGUCCAAGGUGCACUUUAGCUACUCACAGUAGGCAUACACGUUCACUUGCACAUCUGUUGAUUUUGACUACAGUGUCAGUCUAAUAAACUCCUUGAACUGUGUGGGACAGAAAACAACCUUUUACUGUGUGCCAAAAAAACUGCCCUUUCGACCCUCUGAGGUCUCUGUGUAGAGGAGGAAUUCAGGAUUCUUGAUGACAUGGAUAAUAUAACUACAACCCCGGCGUAUUUGACUGCAUCUUACCUCAACUGUGCUAAAUGGAUUGGCUUCACUGUGCAGACGUACAUGUGCAUGGGUGUGUUUCCUUGCUGUCCAUGUACUUAAAUGUCCUUGUCCCUGCUGGAAUGUUUGUCAGAGGCCUUUUUUUUUUUUUUUUUUAACUGAGAGCUUCCACUGUGUCAGUCUUGUUUGGCUGGACUGCUCGUCUCACCUGGUCUGGUCAGCUCUACUGCUUCCAUAACUUUCCAGUCUGAAUGUUGGUAAUCUUGUAAGCUAUGACAAGCAGAAAACACAUUAGAAAUGUUUUUGACCUUCAAACGUGUCUCAUUAGAGAUCUGGAGGAAAUUGCAGUCUUUUGGGUUAUUUGUGUUGCAUGACCACCUGUCUACCAAAGUCUUACAGAACACACUUGGCACAAGCACAAAAUAGUUCAGAUCCUGGCAAAGAUUGUAGUAAUUGUCAUUGUCUUUGAUUGAGUAUUAAAAUUUUACGGGGCUAGUUUCACAACAGGCUGAAUAAUAGUGUUGCUGGAAGUUUGCAGAUUGGUUGUGUGUGUUUCACUUAGUCUUCGACUCUGUUUCGCUGAUGAAUGGAGCUUCAGCUAGAUGUAGAAGUGCCCUUAUCCUGUACCUCACUGUCUCAUACUACUACUGUCUGACAAACUGACUGCUCAGAUUCGUGCUCUGUGUCCAUGCUUGUGCUUUUUUUAGAUUUUUUUUUUUAUCCAUCAUCUCUGCACACGUUCAUGUUCUGUAACCAGGAUACACACAUAAACACUGGAGUUAACUCAAGCCGAAGUACCUUUUUGUAAUUUUCUCUAGCACAACAGUGCUCGCUCUAGGACUGCUGUUACACAGUGGACUGUUAGACACAUGUUAAAAAAAAAAAAAAUUAUUUCCGAGGUGAGGUUUCUGUUUCGGACCGGGGACGUCAGAGCUCCCCUCCUGUGUUGGAUAAACCCACUGAAUAAACUCAGUCUGUUUUAGUUCUUAAGUAUUGCUGUAGCAUCGUCCUCUAGUGGGUGAAACCAUGAACAGCCCAGCGGCUGAAGACACGUCUGAUUUCUAAUGUUGCUUUUGAAGUGGUUUUCUUGUAUGCCUGUUAUGAUAUAUAUAUAUAUAUAUAUAUAUAUAUAUAUAUAUAUUAUACAGACCUCGUCAUGGGUUUUGCUUGCAAUGCAAUUGCAUUUUUUUUUAUAUUAUUACUAACAGUACAGUAUUUUUCUAUGUCUGAGCAAUGAACUUAAACAUGCCACUGUCAUUUUGUAUAUCUGCACCUCUGCUCUCUUUAAACUUGUAGUGCCCUUAUGCAAACACCCAGCCAUCGCUACUUCUGCUGUAGGUGAUUGAUCUAAUGACUUUGCUACUUUUUGUUGCCCCACAACAAUGGGUUGAUGGAUUGAUGACUGUGCUGAGCCUCUUUAGGACAUGGUAGACAUAAGAUUGGACUUUUUGCUUUCAUUUUGCUUUUAAUUUUCAUGUUGUUGUUUUUUUUCUUUUAGGCUGUACUGUACAAUGACUCCCAAAGCACUGUUAGUGUUAGGGAAGCAGUGUUGAAUCUACGUUAAACACAGACAAGUAAACCAUGACCAAUAUGCAAGAGGAAUGACGAAACACACUACUGCUGUACAGGGAGGUUUUCUUUCAGUUUUCAGACGUGUAAUCACUGAGAUGACAAAACUAGCACCAUUGGUUUUGUAUUUUUAUUUCAAAGCUUGAUAAUAUCCUAAAUGUCACCUGGUCAGUUUUUGUAUUUUUCUUUUUUUUUUUCAUUGGACAGUUGUAAUAUUUGCAAGUUGUGGUCUGUGUAGUCAAAAUAAUUCUUUAUGUAGUGCAGGAAAACACGUCUUAAGUCAUUUGUAAUUUAUUGGAUUACUUUCUAUGAAGUUCUAUAGAGGAAAUUGAGGUUUAAUUAUUUUUAUUAAACAUAUUCUUCUGACUAUCAA